AGACAGACACACACAGAUCAACAAAUGGCUGAAGGAAAACCAAGAACAUGUGGACCAUCGGUUCGACGUUUGGCACCUUGCAAAAAACCUAAAAAAAAAACUGGUAAAGCUUGUAAAGGACAAGCAAUGUACCGAUAUUGGGGAAUGGAUACAAUCCAUUCUGAACCAUUUGUAUUGGUGUGCCGUAUCAACUCCGGAUGGAAAUGGAGAAAUGAUUGCUGAAAAAUGGCUGUCCCUCAACAACCACAUUAUAAACAUUCACACCAAACAUGGCAGAGUGUUCGAGAAAUGUGCCCAUGGUCGGCUGCCUGCAGCUCAGAACCGCAAGAAAAAAUGGCUCAAAGCAGAUUCAGUGCCAGCACUAAAGCUGAAUAAAGUUGUCAGCCAGAAAGCUUUUGUCAGAGAUGUCAAGAAGAUGUCACCUUCACAGCAAACCUACGGGGUGGAAGUAUACCACAGUAUAGUCAACCAGUUUGCCCCAAAGAUGUAUGCAUACUCGUACACUGGUAUAUAUUGCAGGUUGAUCCUAGCAGCACUGCACUACAAUGAGAACUCGGGCAGGAAGCAUGCCAAAACCAGGACAGGACAACUCCAAUACACUGUGAAAUUCCCCAAAGCAAAGAAAGGUGGUCAUGUAGUUAGACGUGUGAAUACAGCAGCUACAUAUGAGUAUGUUACCGAACUCUUGACCGAGACUCUACGCUUGUGCGAAAACAAUGUCGAUGAGGAACCUUUCGAUGUCCCAGAUCCACUCAGCAGUCGAUGGGAAAAACCAGACAAGAGAGAGGCUGUUGCGCUGUUUAGAAGCAGAUUUAAUCACUGAACUGACAAUCAGUUUUGUU